AUGGAAAGGAUCAAAGUCGCCGUUAUUGGAGCAGGGCCAACCGGCCUCUCUAUGCUGAAGACGCUUACGGAGAACGGGUUCGCCGUCACGCUGUACGAACGCCGCAGCCAGGUCGGUGGAAUAUGGGCCUACACCAAGAAUCCAUCGUGGACCACGGCGCUGAAGAGCACACAAGCCAACGUCAGUAAAUACACAUGCGGCUUCUCUGAUUUUCCUAUGCCUGACAAAUAUCCGUCCCACAUGAAUGUGUUCGAGUGGCAGGAGUAUAUGGAGGACUAUGCGCGCCACUUUGACGUGCUCAAGCAAUGUGUACUCAACACCUCCGUCCACAAAGUGCACCGCAAUACCGAUGACACGCGAUGGGUUCUGGAACUUGGCCGGGAAGGCGGCAAACGUGAGACUGCCGAGUAUGACCGUAUUGCUGUCUGCAAUGGGUACGAAACCAAGGCAUGCGUGCCAAAGUUCGAGGGACAAGAGCUAUUUGAGGGCACUAUCAUGCAUGCGCAACAGUUCAGAGACCCAGAGCCAUUCAAAGAUAAAAAGGUGGUUGUUCUCGGUCUUUGCAGUAGUUCGGGUGACAUAAUUCCAACGCUGAUGCCCGUUGCAUCGCGAGUCUGGGUUUCACAUCGCCGCGGAUCAGUCUUUAUACGGCGCUUCCGAAAUGGUACCCCCGUCCAUCUGCCCCUUACUUGGCGGUACCGGACGACGGGAGUGGUCUUGGAGCAGUGGUUCCCCUCGUUCGCGCGAUUCUGCGGUGAUCUUGCGGUCAAGUACCUCAGCCGGUCGAUGCUAGGAGGCAAGCCAGACCCGGCAUGGGGGAUUGAGCCAUACCCAUCGCCGAGCCUCAUUCUACCAGGAGUCUGGGAGAGGGUGUUGCCAUUCUUGCAGGACGGGAGCUUGACCUCACUGAAAGGACUUACAAAGUUUGUGGGGCCGAAAAGCAUCGAGUUUGCCGAUGGGACGGUUCUGGAUGAUGUCGAUACGGUGAUUUUGGCGACAGGAUAUGAGGCGGACUUUUCGCUUCUGUCAGAGGUCGUUGAGCGUAGUCGACCAAACCUGGAUUGGUACCAGGGACCAGAUAUGUACCGGCUUUGGAUGAAUCUGUUUCCACCUCGCUGGGCCGACUCAGUCGCUGUACUAAACUACAGUACAUUCGGAAGGACGAAUGGAUUUAGCUUCGCUGAUAUGAUGAGUAUGGCUAUCAGCAGCGCAUGGCAGGGCAUAGAGCCAUUUCCAAGCAUAGAGAACAUGGAGUGUCACGUUGAUGAACACCAGCGCUGGAUUGCUAAGAGGUGGCGCAUCGAGCCAAACACGCCUACAAGUGCUGUCAAACCUUGGGAGUUCCAAGGAUGGCUGCAUCGAGCUGCAGGUACGGGAAUGGAGAACCUCGGAUGGGGCUGGAAGGGUUGGAAGUUUUGGUGGCAGGAUCGUGAGAUGUACAAACUGAUGAAAGACGGAGUUGAGACAGUGCAUAUGUAUAGAUUCUUUGAGACUGAUAGAAGGCAGGCGUGGCCUGGGUCUAGGAACGCGAUUGUGCACGUGAAUGAAGUGGUUCAAAAGACAUUCCCACUUCCCACUUCAGGAAAGGAAUGA